AUGAACCGCAAUGAUUGCUGGCACUCACUGAUCGUUCUGUCACUUUCGCUGUCGUGUCUGUCUGAUCCAAGCCUAAUAUUUAUUAGGUUCCAAAAUUCCAAAUUUGUUGUAAAUUUCAAAAAGAUACCAGCGAUGUGCGAGUGCAAGAGGGAAGCCCGUGUCCAUGUGAUCUACGUGGGCGGGACAAUUGGCAUGUUGCGCAAUGAUCAAGGAGAGCUAGUUAACGUGCCCAAUGCGCUCGCACGUCGCUUCCAAGAUUGUCCCAUCUGCAACGACAAGGAGUACAUUGCCAAGCUGGAAUGCGGGGAUCGUUUCCUGGUGCUUCCGGCUGUAAAAGAUGCGCCAUAUCGCAUUAUGUACCACCUAAAGGAGUUCUCUCCACUAAUAGACUCCAGCUGCAUGGGGAUGACUGAGUGGCAGAUGAUUGCCAGGGAAAUUGGCAAAACCUACAAAGCAUACGACGGAUUUGUGAUACUGCAGGGCACAGAUACCCUGGCGUACACAGCUUCGGCCCUGGCUUUUAUGCUGGAGAACUUAAGUAAACCCGUUGUGGUUACCGGAGGUCAAAUGCCGAUAUUCGAGGCGCGCUCUGAUGGUCGGGAUAACUUCCUUAAUGCUAUGUUGUUGGCAGGCAACUACAGCGUCCCCGAGGUGAUAGUCUUCUUCGGCAACAAGAUUCUUCGUGGCUGUCGCUCCACAAAGCUCAACGCAGACUCCUUCAACGCCCUUGACUCACCCAAUUUUCCACCGCUUGGCCGGACGGGCGUCAAAGUUGAGAUCGACAGUCGCCUGAUUUUCCGGCCGUGCAGCGUCGGCAAGUUUACUGUGCACUCCGAACUGGAAAAGGAAGUCGGCCUGCUGCGAGUUUACCCGGGUAUAAGUGUAAAUGUGAUGAAAGCCUUUCUUAGCGAACCCAUGAAGGGAGUAGUGCUGGAGACCUUCGGUGAAGGCAACUUUCCUGUACAACGAGAUGAGCUACUGGACCAGUUGAGAGAGGCAGUCCUCCGGGGAGUACUUAUCCUUAAUAUUACGCAGUGUACCGAAGGCAUGGUGGCGACCAAUACUGAGACGGGCCAAGCAUUCCGAGAGGUGGGUAUAAUACCCGGCUAUGACAUGACCGAGGAGGCCGCAUUAACCAAGCUAGCCUAUGUGCUGUCCAAGCCCCAGUGGGAUCUGGCCAACAAGAAGAAGGUGUUACUGCUGAGCCUGCGCGGCGAGAUGACCACCAACAAGGUGGCCAAGAUUAAUGACAUCGACCUAGUCGAGGGCGUUGCGCGAACGUUGCACAUGUCCACGGGUGUAGAGCAGAAGCAGAUGUGUGCCACCUUUUAUCCCGCGUUGGUAGCCGCCGCCGUCUGUCAGGGCGAUGUGAAGAAGCUAUGCGACCUCAAACAGUAUGGAGCCAAUCUGUGCGACACCAAUUGCGACGGGCGCAGCGCCUUGCAUCUUGCCUGCUUUUUAGGCAAGCUCAAUUGCGUGUGCUUCCUGAUCUCGGCGGGUUGUCCGAUCAAUGUGCACGAUCGCUUCAAUCGGACGCCGCUGCAUGAGGCCAUCGAUACGGACAACCAUAAGGUAAUUCAGGCCUUGCUCCAGCGUGGGGCCAAGUUAAAUGAUCAGCCGCUGGUGCAGGCGGAGAUGCUACGUGCUCUUACGGAGCGCUGUAAGGUUGGGCGCUUAGAGUCCUUCCGGUUGGCGGGGGCUGAUUUGACUCUCGCGGAUCGGACGGGACGCACUGCCCUGCACUACGCCUGCCAGUUGGGCAGCCAUGAGGUGGUGGAUUACCUGCUGCCGCACUAUAAGAAUCCGUACGUCAAGGAUGAAAUGGGCAUGUCGCCUCUCGACUACGCCAAGGCGGCCAAUCAUGAGCACAUCAUAACCCUGAUGCGCUUCAAGGAGAAGGAGAGGAAUGUUGAUGACCCUUGCACCUGUCAGAUGUAAAAACUAUUUGCAUAAAUUAAAAGCGAAACUCAGGACUAUCCCAAUAAAAAUGGUC